AACAGUUUACACACGUGACGACAAAAAAGAGAUUGAGGCAAAAGAUCUCCCAUCUUAAUUACACUAAAAUAAAUGAAUAAUAAACAAUAAUUAUCAUUGUUGCGCUUAAAAAAUAAACAAUAAUUUAAAAAGAAUUUCUAAUCAGAAUUAAAAAAUAGAAACUUAACUUUCUGUAAUAAUUCCAGAAAACGUUGAAAAUUCUCUUCGUUUUCUAACCUCUGACAGUGUAAAAGAUAAUAAAUAAUAAAAUGUUUAAAUAUAAAUGUAUGAGAAAUACAUUCAAGAUAUCCCAUACCUCUGAAUUAUUAUUUGAUAAUAAAAAAUUGGAUAAUUAUUUUUUUGUUAAUUAAAACUCGUAAGUUGACAUCUCAACAAUUAAUGACAGCAGCUAAACAAUCAUCUUUUUGUUUACAUUUUGAUACGAUAAUUUUAUUAAUUUACACAUUUUAAUUAUUAAAAUUUUUAUUUGCUGUCAACAGUCAAAGCAACUUUUGACGUUUCAAAUAUUGUCAUUUAAAAAUAUUAAAAAGAAAUAAAACUGAAAAUGUCAAAACAAAAAUAUUCUCAGUGUUUUGAUAAUUUGACAGAAGACAAUAGUGAGUAUGGUAAAAUACGAAGAUCUAGACGACGUUUCAAACAUGCAGCCAAAGUUCUAUCAACAUCAGAACAUAGAUCAGCCGAUAGGUUCAUUUUAUAUUUUGAAAAUUAUAUUUGGCAGGAUAAUGAUUCUUAUUACUGUAAUUUAUGCAACAAAAAUUUAAAAAAAAAGAAUCAAGUGUCACUACACAUCACCACGGGACCGCAUAUGAAAAGUUUAAAGAAUUAUUUAAGAGGAGAAAAUAUUUACGAAUCAAAUUUAUCAUCACCUCGUUGCCAAAAAUUAUUAAAGAAUAAUAUUUUUUCAUUUAAUUCAACGCAAUUUAAAUGUUGGUCGUGCACUGAAUUUUUCGAUGGAUAUGAAACUGCCGAGCAACACAUUGCCAGUAACCAUCAUCUUAGUAAUUUAAGAACUAAUUAUUCACGGAUCUCAAACUUGUUUAAAACGAGGUUUGAUAAGAACGUAUCCCAAAUAUUUGAUAGCACAAGUUUAGCACCUGGUCCUACUGAUAGUAUUGCAAUUUGUGAUAAAAAUAUUGGGUUUUCUGCGUCAGAUGAAAGUAAAUUUUUAAAUUACUUUAGAAAUUUCAUUGGACACCGCAUCAAUGAUUUUUACUGCUAUUUAUGUAAAAAAAACUUUGCUUCUGAAAGUCUUGCGGCCGCACACAUGAAUGAGUCGCGCCAUGGUUCAUUGAGAAAAAAAACUUAUGAACAAAAUGAAAUUUUUGUUAUAGAAAAUUAUAAUCUAAAAGCGUAUGAAAUAUUUGUCAAUAAUUAUAUAUUUCCAAUGAGACUAAAAAUAGUUAAAUGCUUUUUAUGCAAAGCUAAGAUGACUUACCCUGAAGUAGAGGAACAUUUGAACGGUAAACGACAUCGUAAAGAAUGUAUUGAACAAAAAAUUUCAAAUUAUUUAUCUAGAAAAAAAAAUAUUCUGACGGGAGCGGGAAAUUCAUCUGUACCUCAAGUGGAGAAUAAAAUUGAAAGUAAUACUAGUGAAGUUGUUUUGAAGGAAGAGAUUGCAGUGGAUUCAGAGGAUCAGUUUCUUAAGUAUUUUGAAAAUUACGUUUCAAAACGUGAUGAUAAUUAUAAUUGUCAUUUGUGUAGCAAAAUUUUAUCAUCAGCUUCUCUGGUAAUGACACAUAUAGAGGAUCCAAUUCAUCGUAAUCAUCUGAGUGAAGUACAAACGACCCAAAUUGCUGAUGAAAUUUCACAGUUAGCAGACUUAUGUGAACUUUUUGUCACAAAUGAUAUUUUUAAAUUUACUAAUGAUAAAUUUAAAUGCUUUACAUGCGAAUGUACUCUCGAUAACUGUGACAAUGCUGUCGCGCAUAUUGAAAGUCAGCAUGGGAUUGCAAUUAAAUUAUCAAAUUCUAUGGAAUCGUCAAUUGCAAAAAAUCCUAGUGAGUCAGCAAUUCCUAAGAGCAAAUUUUCCGAACCUGAUUUAGUAUCUGGUGAACCGAAAAAUGUGAAUAAUGUGAAUAAUGAAAGCGAAAGUCUAAUUAAUAAAGAUAUUGAAUCUACAGCAAGUAAAAAAACUAAAACUCUAAAUGAACUAGAAGAUGAAUUUAUAGAAUACUUUAAAAAUUUUAUUGUUAUUAGCGGCGAUGAUUAUUUUUGUAAUUUAUGUGGGAAAUAUUAUUCAUCGUCGUUAAUAAUGGCUCAUAUAAAUAAUUCAAAUCAUAAAAAUCUUUUGACUGAGAAAAGAAGACAAAUAAAUUUUAAAGAACAUAAAUUUGUAUCAACGCCAAAUUUCUAUGAAUUACUUGUCAGAAAUGACAUUUUUCAGUUAAACCCUAGAAAUUUAAAGUGCUUCGUAUGUGAUCGCUUAGUUUCAGAAUUUCCUUCUGCUGAAGAUCAUAUUAAUGGUGUGCAACAUAUUACUAAAUCUAGACGUAUCGCUAAACUGAACGCAUCAACUUCCAUCACAAAUAAUAAUAAAAUUCACCCGAACAUGAAACUCGUCUUACCCGAAUGCAAAAAAGAUUUUGCACAGUAUUUUGAAAAUUUUAUUGACAAACGUAACGACGGCUACUAUUGUCAUCUGUGCGAAGUCAAUUUUUCAACAUCUUCUGCGGUAAUGACGCAUAUUGCGAAUUUAAAUCAUAAGAAUCUCCUAGAAACAAACAAUUUCGACUCGCCAAUGAAGAGUAGAAUCAUAAAUACUUUUUACUACAGUGAAUUAUUUGUACGGAAUCGUGUUUUCCAGUGUCGAUUCGAGGCACUAAAAUGCUUCGCGUGUAACGUUAUUAUAACCAAGUUCAAAAACGCACACUCACAUUUGUAUGGACAAGCACACAAAGACAAUUGCGAACCGUCUAGUCGAUCAUUGGCAGAACACAAGACGAAUUUACAUCAAUCGGAUGUCACUAGUGAUAAUAAUCAAUGGAUCUACGAUCGCCAAGUACCUGAAACUCAUCCAACAUGUUAUGAAAUUUCAUCUGUACCGAAAGUAGAGAAUAAAAUUGAAAGUAAUACUAGUGAAGUUGUAUUGAAGAAAGAGAUUGCAGUGGAGUCAGAGGAUCAGUUUCUUAAGUACUUUGAAAAUUACGUUUCAAAACGUGAUGAUAAUUAUAAUUGUCAUUUGUGUAGCAAAAUUUUACCAUCAUCUUCUCUGGUAAUGACACAUAUAGAGGAUCCAAUUCAUCGUAAUCAUCUAAAUGAAGUACAAACAACCCAAAAUACUGAUGAAAUUUCACAGUUAGCAAACUUAUGUGAACUUUUUGUCACAAAUGAUAUUUUCAAAUUUACUAAUGAUAAUUUAAAAUGCUUUACAUGCGAAUGUACUCUGGAUAACUGUGACAAUGCUGUCGCGCAUAUCGAAAGUCAGCAUGGGAUUGCAAUUAAAUUAUCAAAUUCUAUGGAAUCGUCAAUUGAAAAAAAUCCUAGUGAGUCGGCAAUUCCUAAGAGCCAAUCUUCCGAACCUGAUUCAGUAUCUGAUAAACCGAAAAAUGUGAAUAAUGACAGCGACAGUCUAAGUAAUAAAAAUAUUGAAUCUACAGCAAGUAAAAAAACUAAAACUCUUAAUGAAUUAGAAGAUAAAUUUAUAGAAUACUUUAAAAAUUUUAUUGUUAUUAGCGGCGAUGAUUAUUUUUGUAAUUUAUGUGGGAAAUAUUAUUCAUCGUCGUUAAUAACGGCUCAUAUAAAUAAUUCAAAUCAUAAGAAUCUUUUGAUUGAGAAAAGAAGACAAAUAAAUUUUAAAGAAGAUAAAUUUGUAUCAACGCCAAAUUUCUAUGAAUUGCUUGUCAGAAAUGACAUUUUUCAGUUAAACCCUAGAACUUUAAAGUGCUUAGUAUGUGACCGCAUAGUUUCAGGAUAUAUUUCUGCUGAAGAUCAUAUUAAUGGUGUACAACAUAUUGCUAAAUCUAGGCGCAUCGCUAAAUUGAACGCAUCAACUCCCAUCAUAGAUAAUGAUAAAAUUCACCCGAACAUGAAACUCGUCUUACCCGAAUGCAAAAAAGAUUUUGCACAGUAUUUUGAAAAUUUUAUUGACAAACGUAACGACGGCUACUAUUGUCAUCUAUGCGAAGUCAAUUUCCCAACAUCGUCUGCGGUAAUGAAGCAUAUUGCGAAUUUAAAUCAUAAGAAUCUCCUAGAAAAAAACAAUUUCGACACGCCAAUGAAGAGUAAAAUCAAAAAUACUUUUUACUACAGUGAAUUAUUUGUACGGAAUAGUAUUUUCCAGUCUGGAUUCGAGGCACUAAAAUGCUACGUGUGUAACGUUAUUAUGACCAAAUUAAAAAAGGCACACUCACAUUUGUAUGGACAAGCGCACAAAGACAAUCGUGAACCGUCUGGUCAAUCACUGACAGAAUACGAGACGAAUUUACAUCAAUCUGAUGUCACUCGUGAUGAUCAACUGAUCCACGAUCGCCAAGUACCUGAAACUCAUCCAACAUUUCAUGAAUCUCCAGUAAAUGAUAGCGUUCCAUUAAACCCGAUAAAUGACGUAUACCUGUACUUUAUUAAUUACAUUAAUAUGCGACAGGAUAAUUAUUACUGCAGCUUUUGUCAAUUAAAAUUGUCAUCUUCACAAGUUUACGAACACAUCGUCCACCCGGAUCAUGCAAUUCACGUAAGCCAAAAAAGGCUAGACAAUAAAAUUACCUACUCUCCGGAUUGGACAUUAGAUUUUAUCGAAUUGCUCGUUAAAAAUAAUAUAUUUCAAGUAGGACUCGAUGUAUUGUACUGUUUUAUAUGCAAGUGUGACCUGUUAUACACUAAUGUCGAGGAACAUGUUGACAGUUCUGAUCAUAAGAUAAAUAUUGAGAAAGAGUAUUUUGAAAUUAAUAAAAUUGUCCCUGUGGAUGUCUCUUACAAAAAGAGCUACUCUUUUGUAUUGUCGCGGGAUAUAUACAUGUACAAUGAUACUAAAUCAAAACUGGUAUAUUGUUAUAUUUGUCGUGACGGAUUGAAAUGUCGGGUUGAACUCCACGUUCAUUUGACAAAUCAUCUCUGGCGGCUGUUUAUUGGUAAUGAAAAAAUUGACUUAGUUUCCUUUGUUAACCUCCACUCCAAUGUAAAAAUAGUAAUAAAGACUGACGGUGAUUUUGAUAAAGAGGUUUCGGAAACUAUAAGAGAGAUGAAAAAUGCACAAGCUGAGCACCUGUCGAAAUUUCCCAAGAAAUUUUGGAAAAAAAAUCCGGGUACGUCUAAAAUUGAUUUUAGAGAAGAAAGAUUGUCUCGGAAGAAACUUAAAAAUGGGAAAGCCACAAAUGUAUGCGCGAGGAUCAACAAGGCCAAGGUGGAUAUUGACACUGGGGAAAAUAAAAGAAAAUAUGACGUUUAUAAAAUGGAGGAAGAAACACGUCAUAGUAUUCAGUUGAGUUUCAAUCGAAUUUGUAUUGUAAAUAAUGACAAUAUUUACUGUAUGAUUUGCCGCCGAAAUGUUUUAUUUUCAAUGGAAAAUAUUUAUGGACAUUUUCGAGGCAUUGAGCACGCGUACUUUCUUACACAAAUGGUCCAGGAUCACGAAAAAUUUGAAGCAUUUCCAUAUGAGCUGAGCGAUCUUGCUCUGGCGCGGGAGUUAAUAGAAGACAAAACUGAUCAACAUGUCGUCUGCUACGCCUGUGAUCCUUUACGACCAGUAGCUAUUCCAAAUAAUAUUGACGCCUUAAAAACGCACGUAAAUUCUCAAAACCACCUGAAAAAACGGGCUGAGUUGAGUAAUAAUUUACGGCAUUUUAUUGAUACUUUUUACUCCUGGUUGGAGUGCGAUUGGUUCAGUGUCCAGAGGUAUCGAUGUGUUGUCUGUAGUAAACAAUUCAUGUUUGAAAAAUUAUUUCACAGACAUUUGAAUUCCAAAAGUCAUUUAAAAAAAUGUGAGAAAAAAUUUAAACGUGAAAAGCUUGUAUGUCAAUAUUGUCCUACAUGUGGAAUUAUUUUUUAUGAAUGCAAAAACACGAUUAGUUGUCAUUUUGAAAGUGAACUUCAUGAAUUGAACAUCAAUAAAAAUAUUCAUUUCAUAUCACAACUACCGGACGGUGCUGAAGAAUUAUUAAUUAAAGCAGAUGAAGUUGUAUCGGAUAUAUGUGAGAAGUUGAAUGAGGGAGUAGACGAAAUGAGAAAAAAUGAACAAUUACUGUUGGAUGACUUGGAAAAUACAAUAAAAGAUUAUGUGGAUGCUAAAAUUCAUCCAUUUGGUUCACGAAUUUCAGGAUUAGGUUCAAGCAAUAGCGAUCUUGAUGUUUUCCUCGACUGUGAUGAUUUAUAUUACAAGGGUUCGGUGUCAGAUGACAUAUCAUUUUUCUUGAAAGAAGUUGAACACUCAUUAAAAAUGAAUGAAAAUGUAUGGAGUAUCAAAGAAGUAAUUGCGAGUUGCCGAAUUCCGAUUAUUAGAAUCGUACAUAAGCCUACAAAUAUUGAUUGUGAUAUAUCGUUUACUAAUGGCCUUGCUGUAGAAAAUACUAAACUUGUUAGAGCAUACCUUGACAAGUAUCCGCUGUGCAGGAAACUAAUUUUAUUUAUAAAAAACUGGACAAAUAUAUGUAACCUUAAUGGAGAAAAUGGAAUAUGUAGUUAUGCCAUCGCUUGGAUGGUAAUUUAUUAUUUACAGACAAAAUUUAUAUUGCCAAAUGUUGUGAAUUUGAUAAAACUUGAAGGAAAGUCAUCUAUGAUCGGCGGCUGGGAGACAGGAGUAUCUAGAGAUUUUACUCUAUCAGACAUCAGUAAUAAUUACAGUUUUAAAAAUCUUCUUAAAGGUUUCUUUAUAAUGUGCGCCGGCUUUGAUUAUAGAAAUAAUAUUUUUUGCCCACUGCUGGGCCGUCCGGUAAGAAAAAUAGAUUUCAUUGUACCGCGAAAGCUCACAAAACUGCCCGGCGAAAUGAAGAAUUACAAAAAUUAUAUUCAAGAAAACAAAGAUGUAAAAUAUUUUCGAUCGGAUGCAGUAAUGGGCGUUCAGGAUCCCUUUGAUUUAAGUCACAAUCUUACGAAAGUUGUCAAAAAAACUACCGUCUAUCGUUUCAAAACUCUUUGCUCAUUAAGCGCCGAAAAAUUAAAUAACGUUUUAUGAUUUACUUUUUUUUUUAUGAUUUACUUCUUUUUUUAUAUAUGACGCAGUUUAAAUAUAAAAAUAUUUUAUUAACGGCAGCAACUUAAAUUAAUAAUACUGCCCUUAUAUUUUUUUUUUUUUUUGAAAACUCAUAGUUGUUAAUUAACAACAAAUAUUUAAUAUUUAAUAUUAACAUAACAUAUUUAAUAUUAUUGUAAUUUUAAAAAAUGUUAUUUUAUCAGUUCCGCUUGAUUUACAAGACAACGGUGCCUUAAAUUAAAAUAAUAUUUAUUUAAUGUUAAUUUUUC